ACGGCAGCUCAGUUCGUGCCGGGUUGCGUCGUGGUACAGUCCACUAUUCACUUUUGCUCCGUUCGUAAACCACGUUGUUCUUUCGGUGAGUGACGAUCGAGCUACAAACCGGUCGGUAGUAUUAUUGUGUGUCGGUUGAUUCAUCAGAGCCGGUCAAGUGUAUCGCUACUGUCGCAAUUAUUUCCACCGGCUCAAACGGCAUUCUAUGCCUUAACCCUACCAGUGACCCUUGACAAAGUGGAAUAAUUGUGAAAUUUAAUUUCUUUUUUUCCGACCAUUUUGCCAAUUUCGUUGUGUCGUGUUACGCGAAGCAGUGUUCGUUUGGUGGUGUGUUUUUGGUGGAAAAGCUGAGACAAACAUUUCUUCAUCAAGUGAUCUUCUGAAACGAAUAAAAAAAAACGUUUCACCCUUCAACAUGACAUCAACGGCAGAGAAAGAUGCAGCAGCAGUAGAAAUUAACAUGGAAGCUAUUGAUGUGCCAGAUGCCGGACGAGCCACUCCAAGACAGACGCUAUCCGUUGGUUCACCCGCUAACGGACGUAACGGCGGCAACAAUCGGAGCCGGUCGAAUAGCCAGCGAUCACCAUCUCGUAGGGCAAAGCGUGAUACAGAGAAAGCUCGCACUGAUGCGAUUCCAUUGCUGCCCGUUCCGAACGAAUCGAAUCUGCCACCCCAGGAACCGCCGAUCGCCGGACCAGAGUUCGAUGAUGAAGAUUCGCUGGACAACGGUAUCGAUUUGAAUGAUCCCAAAAACAAUCAUGGCAUUGACAGUGGAUUUUUGGAUCCGAUCGAUAAUGGAUCGGUCGACACAACGGGUGUAACACGUCCCGGACGUCGAGGAGGUCGUCGCAAUCAAACACCAUCCGUCCCCGUCUAUCGACCGGGUUUUGCACCGGGUUUUAAUCCAGAUGGAACACGUAAUAUUGAAACCACCGACAGUGGACAGGUCAUUCCGGACGUGAAUGUGUACCAGCAGAAGAAGAACUUGGCGCAAGGUAUGAUGGAUUUGGCCCUUCUGUCCGCCAACGCUAACCAGCUCCGUUAUGUGCUCGAGUCGUACAAACGUCAUCCGUACUUCUACGUCAAUCUCAUCUUCAUCUCGACCAGCAUUAUCGCACAAGUAGCGGUCGGUAUUGGGUUGAUCUGGAAGAGUCGGUAUAACAUCAAGAACGAGAAUGACUUUUGCAAGGCAGAUCGAAUCAACAAUCUCAUCACGAUCGGUAUUUUCAUCAUAACGCUCGUUAAUGUGCUGAUAUCGGCAUUCGGUGUUGCAGAACCACAACCGGUUGCGUGAUCGUAGUCUUUUGGAUUUUUAUGUGAAACACUUAUGUCGAUAAUGUUACGAGUAUAGAUAGAAUAGAUGAUGCAUAGAUUAUGCAUUUAAACAUUGCCGUCAGCAAUGAACUCGAAAUACGAACCAUUAAACUAAUGUAUUAUAUAUUUAAGAAACCAAUGCUGCCUUACCGACAACAGCAAAAUAGCUAGUCGGUCGUAUUAAGCAAGAAUUUAUUUCAUCCAAUAAAACAUUCUUAAUUUGGAGAAAUAGUCGUCUCCAUAAUGUCACAAUAAAGUAAGAUUUCGUCAGGCAGGAAGCGAUGAAAAUCUUCCAAAAACAUGAUUUCUUCAUCAUCUUUCUAACAGUUUAGGAGAUUGCACUAACGCAAGUAACUCUUAGACCACUUAGACCAGGCAAAGUGUGGAAUAUUUGUUAUUAUUCAAGUUGUUUGUACAAUGUCCAAAUUUUGCAAUAAAUAAUUUUAACAAACAA